CCUGUUUUUCUUUUCUGUCUGUUUAUCUGUCUGUCUACUCCUCAGACUCAACCGCAGCUACAACCAACUAUUCACAAAGCAUGCUGUGUUUUCUGUAACGCAAAGUUAAAUCACUUUUAGACAUACACCAAAUUACACAAGCUAACCACAGGAAACCUUAGGAUUUGAUUUAAGAUGACAGUCACGUACUCGAGUAAAGUGGCCAACGCCACGUUCUUCGGCUUCCACAGACUGCUCCUGAGGUGGAGAGGCAGCAUUUACAAACUCCUCUACCGUGAAUUUCUCGUUUUUGUUCUUCUUUACUACGUCCUUAGCUUCAUCUACAGAUGGGUGCUUACAGAUCCUCAGAAGCGUUUGUUUGAAAAGUUGUCUAUAUACUGUGACCGAUAUGCUGAACAGAUCCCUGUCACAUUUGUGCUGGGGUUCUAUGUAACGCUGGUGGUGAACCGCUGGUGGAAUCAAUUCCAGAACCUGCCAUGGCCUGACCGGCUCAUGUUCCUCAUUUCCAGCUGUGUUCACGGUCAGGACGAACAGGGUCGGCUGUUACGGCGCACGCUGAUGCGCUACGUCAACCUCACCUCACUGCUUAUCUUCCGCUCAGUGAGCACUGCGGUGUACAAGCGUUUCCCUACCAUUGACCACGUAGUGGACGCAGGUUUCAUGACAUCAGAGGAGAGAAAAAUCUUCGAGAACCUCAAAUCACCACAUCUCAAAUACUGGAUCCCUGCGGUGUGGUUCACCAAUCUGGCCUCCAAGGCAAGGAAAGAGGGCCGAAUACAAAACAGUGUGGAUCUUCAGACCAUUCUUACUGAGAUGAACAAAUUCAGGACCUGGUGCUCUACUUUGUUUGGAUAUGACUGGGUCGGGAUCCCCUUGGUUUACACACAGGUCGUAACGUUGGCCGUCUACACAUUCUUCUUAGCCUGCAUUAUCGGCCGGCAAUUUCUCGACCCCGCUCAGGGUUACCAAGGACACGACAUUGACCUUUAUGUGCCCGUCUUCACAUUGCUGCAGUUCUUCUUCUAUUCUGGAUGGCUUAAGGUAGCAGAGCAGCUCAUAAACCCAUUCGGAGAGGAUGAUGAUGACUUUGAGGCCAACUGGUGCAUUGAUAGGAACCUGCAGGUGUCUCUGAUGGCAGUGGAUGAGAUGCAUAUGAACAUUCCCCAAAUGACCAAAGAUAUUUAUUGGAACGAGCCUGAUGUACGUCCGCCGUAUACCCAAGCCUCUGCAGACUACUGCAUCCCGUCAUUCCUGGGAUCCACUACUGACAUGGGUGUCUCAGAAAUAUUGCAGAACGAAUACGUCAAUGCCAACAACCUCCGGGGGCAGACCACAGUACUGGGCCGUAUGCGUCGGUUGCUGAGCGUCCAGGAGCCAUUGGAACUGCAAAUCCGUCCUUCGUUCAAGCGCCACUCCAGUGACAUCCCCAGCGUCUUGUCCUUAGGUCCAGACCUCCAUUUUCACCCCAGCAUGGAAGAAAAGAUGCAGACUCAUUCCAGACUAAACUCCCACACCCACUUUUACCCUCUUUCCACCGUCAGUGAAGUGAGCAGCACCUCCCCUUCUCCUGUUGAAUUGAAAAACACACCUUUUCCCAACAAUUUACCUUCAAUCGUGCUCAGUGCACCACAGGGAGAAGACGUGAGUGACAGUGAUGGUGUCACAGACUCACAGUCCUGGAGGUUAUCUCCAGCUAGUAAGAUAAAAGGGAAUCAGCAGUCAGUUCAGGAGUCGAGCCAGAGCUCGACAAGCACCGCAAAGAGCUUUCCCAGCCCUAAAGAGAGAGGAACGAUCUUCCAACAUCUACAACAGACAUCUGGAACUAUAGACUCCAGCAGUCAGGAGAAACAACAGAGUCAAAACCAUGACAGCUGAAAGCUUUAAGUAUUCACACCGAAACCAUUGACACAAACUCACAACUCUGCCAAAGGUAGUAACUCUGAUCCGGAUUUUCCGCAUUGGACCUGGAGUCCAGACACCGUUAGAUGAUGUACAGAAGCUCUGAAGUGUGGAAUUAAAAACUAAUUAUUAAUUAAUCAUUGUUGUUAUUUACCAUGUUAUGUUGACAGUAUGGUUAUAUUCAAGUCAUAAAUAUGAGAAACUAUGGGUCAAAGGGAACAUGCGGUCUAUUCUAGGAGACUCGAGGCAGGGGACAUCGGGGACGGGGUACCAACUCAUCACAGAGCACAGCCACACAUUCACACACUACAGACAAUUAAGAGAUGCCAAACAGCUUACAGCAUGCGUCUUUAGUCCGGGGAGGAAACCAGAGAAACCAGUAGAACCCCUGAAGCACUGGGAGAACAUUUAGGAGUUGGGAAUCACAACCCUAACCCCAGAGGUCUGAGGAUAACAUUGUGCCAUCAAAAUAAAAACAUACUGCAUACACUACAGACCAAAAGUUUGGACACACCUUCUCAUUCACAGAGUUUUCUUUAUUUUCAUGACUAUGAAGAUUGUAGAUUCACACUGAAGGCAUC